CCUCGUGGCGGCUGCGGCGGGCGAGGCGGCGGCGGCGGCGCGGGGACCACGUCGCUGCUACUGCGCUUGACCAGCUUGGCUGCCCCCGGGCCCUCCCCUGCCGUGCCUCGGGGCGCCCCGCUCCCCCAUCCCGGCUCUCUCCUCUCGGUUGCAGGCGGGGCGCUUUAAAGGAUCCCGCCGCCCCUGCACCCGCGUUCCCGGGCUAGCGCUCCACCGAGCGAGGAGCUCUCGGGACUCCUGCCCCGCCGACCCUGACCGCCAGGGGGUGCCCCAGGGUCGCAGUUCCGCGGAGAGAAGGCGAAGGGGAACAUGCGGCGCCUCUCUCGCCGCCUGGUGCUGCCGCUCUUCGGGGUGCUCUGGAUCACCGUACUGCUGUUCUUCUGGGUAAACAAGAACAAGUUGGAGGUGUCCGUGGUACCUGAAGUGCAGCCCACCAAGAUUUUGGAUGCUGACUGGGAUGACCUGUGGGACCAGUUCGACGAGCGGCGCUAUCUGAAUGCCAAAAAGUGGCGCGUGGGUGACGAUCCCUAUAAGCUGCAUGCUUUCAACCAGCGGGAGAGCGAGCGGAUCUCCAGCAACCGGGCCAUCCCGGACACUCGCCACCCGAGAUGCACGCUGCUGAUGUACUGCAGGGACCUGCCUCCCACCAGCAUCAUCAUCACCUUCCACAACGAGGCCCGCUCCACCCUGCUCAGGACCAUCCGCAGUGUGUUAAACCGCACCCCUAUGAAUCUGAUCAAGGAAAUCAUAUUAGUGGAUGACUUCAGCAAUGACCCUGGUGACUGCGAAGAGCUCAUCAAGCUGCCCAAGGUGAAAUGCCUACGCAAUGACCAGCGGGAAGGUCUGGUCCGGUCCCGGAUCCGAGGCGCUGAUGUUGCCCAGGGCACCACUCUGACUUUCCUCGACAGCCACUGUGAGGUGAACAGGGACUGGCUCCAGCCACUGCUGCACAGGGUCAAAGAAGACUACACGCGGGUGGUGUGCCCCGUGAUCGAUAUCAUCAACCUGGACACCUUCAGCUACAUCGAGUCGGCCACGGAGCUCAGGGGGGGGUUUGACUGGAGCCUCCACUUCCAAUGGGAGCAGCUCUCCCCAGAACAGAAGGCUCAGCGCCUGGACCCCUCGGAGCCCAUCAGGACUCCCAUCAUAGCUGGAGGGCUCUUCGUGAUGGACAAAUCCUGGUUCAAUUUCCUGGGGAAGUAUGACAUGGACAUGGACAUCUGGGGUGGGGAGAAUUUUGAAAUGUCCUUCAGAGUGUGGAUGUGUGGGGGCAGCCUAGAGAUCGUCCCCUGCAGCCGUGUGGGCCACGUCUUCCGGAAGAAGCACCCAUAUGUUUUCCCGGACGGAAACGCCAACACAUAUAUAAAGAACACCAAGCGGACAGCUGAAGUGUGGAUGGAUGAAUACAAGCAGUACUUUUAUGCUGCCCGGCCGUUCGCCCUGGAGAGGCCCUUCGGAGACAUUGAGAGCAGAUUGGACCUGAGGAGGAAACUACGGUGCCAGAGCUUCAAGUGGUACCUGGAGAAUGUCUACCCAGAACUCAGAGUCCCCAAGGAUUCCUCCAUCCAGAAGGGCCCUAUCCGACAGCGCCAGAAGUGCCUGGAGUCUCAACGGCAGAAAAACCAGGAGGUCUCCAACCUCAAGUUAAGGCCCUGUGUCAAGAUCAAAGGCGAGGAUGCAAAGUCCCAGAUCUGGGCCUUCACGUACACCCAGCAGAUCAUCCAGGAAGAGCUGUGCCUCUCCGUCAUCACCUUCUUCCCCGGCGCCCCAGUGGUUCUUGUCCUUUGCAAGAAUGGAGAUGACAAACAGCAAUGGACCAAGACUGGCUCCCGCAUCGAGCACAUGGCCUCUCACCUCUGCCUAGACACAGACUUGUUUGGUGACAGCACUGAGAACGACAGGGAAGUCGUUGUCAACCCGUGCGAGUCCUCACUCAUGAGCCAGCACUGGGACAUGGAGAGCCAUUGAGGAUCCAUGCCAGAACCAGCGGGGCCGUGGCGUGGCACUUCCCCGAUGAGAAGCAGACUGGAGAUCAGGCUGCAAGCAACCCAUGAUUAUUGCAGACGCCCUGAGCUGGGAGGUGGAGGCACAGCCCCCCAGGGCAGGAGCGGAUGUCUCAGGGAGGAUGGAGGAAAAGCUUGCAAGCCACACGUUCUCAAUGCCACGAAGUUCCAGUCCUGGCCCGGUCUGCCCCUGAAUGGUGUCUGGCGACAGAGAUGUGAUGGGAAAUGUUAAUGUGUUUUCUCUUCCUUACGCAAGAGGCCAGAGAGAAAAGCCUUCUUGUCACAAGGCCAGGGCUAAAUUGAAAGCUGAGGAGUGGAGGUGGUUUUGAAACAAAUA